AUGUUACUGAUGGUCUUUUUUCUCACCAUGCUUAUUUCGCCUGUAUCAAGUCAAGAGAUUUUGAAAUAUACCGUUGAAGAAAAAUCUGCUAUCAAUACAUUUGUCGCCGAUCUAUCCAAUGAACUUCAAAUAAAAACAUCAGCAUCGUACAAAUUAUUUGAAUUAAUGCCAACAAAUAGAAAUUUAUUUUCGAUUAACAAUCAAACUGGUUAUUUAACAACACUAUCAAUACUUAAUCGUGAAUUAAUGUGCUCAAGACAACAAUGUUCAUGUAGCUCGUGCGAGAUUAUCUUUCAACUAACUAUCAAUAUUCAGCAAACAAUUGUUUACAAAAUAAUUGAAAUUAAAAUUCAAGAUCGAAAUGAUCAUUCACCUCAAUUCGAUGAUCAAUCUUAUAUUAUACACAUUCGAGAAAAUGUACCUCUCGGCUAUCGAAUCGUUUUACCAAUUGCAAAUGAUCCUGAUGAAGGACCAAAUAGUAUUCAAUCGUAUAGUCUCGAUGGAACGAAUUCGAAUGAUUUCUAUGUCGAUUAUACUUCGAUAGAUAUGCCUUAUUUAACUGUACGUUCAUCACUUGAUCAUCACAAUACAUCAUCAUAUUUGUUAACGUUAAUUGCAUCAGAUAAUAGUCAACAAUCUAAACCACGUUCGAGUUCAAUGCAACUUGAUAUACGUAUAACCAAUGAGUCAAUCCCAGUAUUUAUUCAAUCUGUUUAUCGCAUUGAUGUUCGAGAAGAUACUUCAAUCGGAACGACUUUAUUAAGAAUUGAAGCCAUUAGUGAUAAUAGUCAACAGAUAUUUUAUGAACUUUUAACUGAAUCGCCAUUUAUAAUUGAUCGUCUAACGGGAAAAAUUCAAUUAAAAAAAUUACUCGAUUAUGAAAGAGAAAAAUCAUAUCGAUUAGCUAUAAAAGCCUAUGAAAAUUUAAUACCUGUCUAUGCUGUUGUAUUCAUUCGUGUUAUUGAUAUUAAUGAUAAUGCGGUUUUGAUUCAUAUGAAAGUUGAAGAAAAUAAAAUAUUACAACAAACAGAAAAUGAUAAAAAUAUUUUUUCGAUUCCUGAAGAUACAUUAGUUGGUACAAGAUUAGCACAUGUUAUUCUCAAUGAUCUUGAUUCGUUUGCUAACGGAAAUCCAUAUUUACAAUUAACAACAAUGCAACCUCCAUUACCAUUAACAUAUAAAUUAAUCUAUCAGAACAGCUUUCAAAAUACAAAAUUAUAUUCUUUAAUCCUUCAUACAAAUGUCGAUCGUGAAUCGAAAUCACUUUAUAAUAAUAUUCACUUGAUGGCGCAUGAUUCUGGUACGCCAACAUUACAUACAAGAUCAUUAAUCGUAAUUAAUGUAACCGAUGUGAACGAUUGCAUUCCACAAUUUAAACUCAAUUCAAUUAUUUAUAAUAUCGAUGAAAACAACCCGAUGGGUCUUAUCAUCGAUACUCUACGUGCAGAUGAUUGUGAUCUAGGUAUCAAUGGUGAAUAUGAAUAUCAUUUGGAAAAUAAAACAGAUUUAUUAGUAAUUAAUUCUCAGACAGGCCAAUUGAUUUUAAGUCAAUCGAUUGACUUUGAAAAAUUAAAUCAUCAAAAAAAUCGCACAACAGUUGAUUUAGAAUUUCUCAUACGAGUUCAAGAUCAUGGAGAAUCACCAUUAUCAAGUCAAACAAAAAUAAUACUUCGAAUACACGAUGCUAAUGAUCAUUCGCCAGAAUUCGAUUCUAACCAAUCCUAUAAUUGGACUUUUCCACGAUCCAUGCUUCAAUCGAACACAAUUCUCGGCCGUAUAUACGCUUAUGAUCAUGAUUCUGGUUUGCAAGGCAUUGUACAUUAUUCAAUACGUUCAUUUGAUACAUGUUUUAAAUUAAAUAUAAACGCCCUUGGUUAUAUUUAUAUGGUAUCACAAUUAACGUGCUCACCUUUAUCUUAUACAUUUGAAAUUACAGCAAGUGAUUAUGGUUUACCGCACGGUCGUUCAACAAAAAAGUUAUUAACUAUAAAUAUUAAUUCAAAUCAAUUAAAAAUGAAUAGUUUACCAAAACUAUUGCAUUUAUCAAGUCAACGAACAUUUGUUGAUGUAAAUUCUCUUGGUAAUAUAUCGUUGGUUAUUGAUAUAACAAAUAAUCAAUCUAUUCAACCGAUAAUUUAUUUAAAUAAUUUAAAAGAAUUAAUAUGUUGGAAUGUAAGUUCAACAGGUGCAGUUCGUCUUAUAUCACAACCGUAUGCAUUAUCUUAUAUUCUAUCUCUCAAUAUUAUUGAUGAAUAUACUGAAGAAAAUUAUUUAGUAAGAUUUCAAAUUGAUAUAUGUAAUAGUUCAAUAAGAAAUUCAUGCACACAAUUAUCAUUCUACGAAAGUAGACGAGCAAAUCAAAUCUUAGUUUUUUGGGCAAUUAGUUUAGCUAUAAUAAUAACAUGUAUAUGUGUAUUUGUAUUUUCGAUAAUAAUUUGUUUUUAUUGUCGAAAAAAACCUAAAGAUAAAAAGCUAUUUAACAACCGACAAAACUUUUUACAAUAUAAUGAUCAUUAUCAAAGUGACAAGACUUUUAAAACUUCAUCGGCUUCAACAAUUCGUGAAGAUGAUCGAGAUUCAGCUUGUAUUAUAAAUACAAAUUCAUCGUCAUUAUCAUCGGGUGUGACACCAAUACAAAUAAACAAAUGGUUUCAAAAUCAACAUGAAUCAUCGAACGUCGGCAAUUGUCAACCUUCAACUUAUUUUUAUGAUCUUAAAUUAGCUGAAUUAAUACGUAAUAAUCAAUGUCCACCCUGUGUAUAUUUAAAUGCACAACCAUGUCAAUCGUUAAGUAGUGAUUAUGGUUUUGCUAGUUCAGAUAUUUCUCCAUCGUCGAUUUCGUAUUCAUCAGUAAAAUUAGAUCAAUCAAAUAUGAAUCCAUUAGAAUGGACUAUUGAAAUGAAUGUCGAUCGAUCACCCCAACAACAGAAGAAUAAAAAAAGUUUUAUUUCAGACCAUGAAUGUGUGGUUUAA